CCCGUCCUGCCCGAGUUCCUCAUCACAGUUCCGUGCCCACAGUCAUCAACUGUAGGUACCCAGCAUGUGCUCUGAAGACAGAAUGUUCCAGACCAAGGCUGUGGUCCCGAGAGCCCUCUUCCUGGCUCUUCUGCUGAGUCUCCCAGGAGCUGAGGCCAUCAAGGCAGAUCACGUAGCAAUUUAUGACAUAUUUGUACAGAGUCAAAAACCAUCCGGAGAGUACAUGUUUGAGUUUGAUGGUGACGAGCAGUUCCAUGUGGAUCUGGACAAGAGAGAAACCAACUGGCAUCUGCCAGAAUUUGGACAAGCCUUUUGGUUUGACCCUCAGAAUGCACUGCCCUACAUUGCCAGUUUGAAAAAUAUCUUGAAAUUCUUGAUCCAGAGAUCCAACCACACCCAGGCCCUGAGUGAGCCUCCUGAAGUGACUGUGUUUCCCAAGAGCCCUGUGGAGCUGGGCCAGCCCAAUGUCCUCAUCUGUCACAUUGACAAGUUCUUCCCUCCGGUGCUCAAUGUCACGUGGCUGAGAAAUGGACAGCCCGUCACUGAAGGAACUUCUGAGACCAUCUUUCUGCCCAGAACGGACAACAGGUUCUAUAAGUUCCACUACCUGCCAUUCAUUCCCAUGGCUGAGGACUUCUAUGACUGCCAGGUGGAGCACUGGGGCCUGGACCAGCCGAGCGUCACUCACUGGGAGGCACAGGAGCCAAUCCAGGUGACUGAGAUGACGGAGACUGUGGUCUGUGCCCUGGGCCUGGUGGUGGGUCUGGUGGGUGUCAUCGUUGGCACCGUGCUCAUCCUAAGGGCUCUGCACUCCAGGCGAGACACCCUGGGCCCAGUGACCCAUGACGACUGAGCACCGUAAUCAAGGCCACACAGCUGGGAAGUCCUGACGCUGACAUUCAGGAUUGGAGCAUCGGGAUCUAAAACUGCUUAACCACUGUCCUGCAUUCCUGCUUUAUGAAGAAAAAGGCCAAGUUCAAA